AUGACUGAACAACUAAGCAAGCAAGGAUUACUUGAUAAUCGUUUCAAAUACUAUGCAGAUGGCAAAAUAAGAAUGAAUGCUGAUAAGCAAGAACUUUUGCUUCUUGAGGUUUCUUCUGCUCUGGGUCAAGCAACUCAAGACAAGAUUGCCUUUGAUCAUACCAAAGCCAUGUUUGGGCUUCUUGCCAUAUUGAAGACUCUCGUCUGCAAAUAUAGUCACGGAUCAUUUGAAUCUUUUAAAAAAAUUAAAUUUCACUUCAUUCACGUUCAUGGUAAUAAUAUUAAACACUGGACAAUGAUGACUCCGGAACCUGGAGUUUAUAUCAUGACAAAGGAACAAAAGGCCACCAUUCCUGUGAACAUCAACAGCAUGGCUGAUGAUUUGAUCUCCUAUGUUCGAUUCCAUUUGAACUUGACAGAGUUAUUGAGGGAAACCUUGGAUAGCAUUGAAGGACUUCAAAAAGAACACCGAAGUCAGCUGCAAGAAGUAACGAUUGACAACAAACAUAUAUCAGCUGAGACUUUGUUAUCAAGUGUUGUUAAACCAGUCAUCAUAAGGUUAAAUGAAGGCAAACAUUCCAAAGAAGUUGUGGACAGCCCCCGAAGUAGUUCAAACAGUCCUCAAAGGUGA